AAUUUAGUCAGUAACUAUUGACCAUUAAUGUGAUAAUAUGGCUGGCGAUGUGGGUGGUGAUUGUGAUUUUUUGGCUUCUGACUGAUAAUUUGGGUGGUGGCUGGCCUGAUUUUGUAGAUGACAUUGAUCUUAUGCCUCCAAUGUCCCCAAUCCGCGAAGGACAAUCUACUAAAAUUGUUGAAUACCGUUCUCUCAUUCAACCAUUAAUGUGAUAAUAUGCCGGUGUGAAUGAGGAUGGUGAGUGGGAGUUAAGGAAGGUCAUUAAUGAGCACAGUCACAAACAAAAUCCUAGUAACGCGAUCUUAGUUAAAGAAUAUAGGAUAAAGAACUACACCUCAAAUGUUAGGAAGACUGUUAAAUUUCUACGAAGAGGGUGUACCUGUUUCCAAAAUUCGUAAUGGCUUGUCGCAUGAGAAGGAGGUGUUGCCUUCACUUAAGGACAUGCAACAUGAGGUUACAAAGCUAGGAAACUGAAAAUGGAGUGGGGUGAUGCGACAGCCAUGAUGGCUUAUUUUGAGCGGAUGCAAGCGGACAAUCAGAACUUUUACCAUUGUCACCGCCUAGACCAAUUUGGUCGGUUGAAGGAUGUUCUAUGGGUGGAUGCCAGGAGUCGGGCUGCGUAUGAGUACUUUGGUGAUUUAGUUUGGUUUGAUGCUACUUAUUUAACCAAUCAAUAUGAAUUUCCACUUGCAAACUUUGUGGGUGUGAACCAUCAUGGGCAGUCCAUCCUAUUGGGUUGUGCACUAGUUUCGCGCGAAGAUGCUGAAACUUAUGCAUAGGUUUUCCGACAGUGGCUUGCUUGCAUGGGCAACAGAGCUCCACGAGCUAUUCUGACUGAUCAAGCAGCCUCUAUGAGGAAGGCCUUGGCAGAAACAAUGCCCAGCUCCAGGCAUCGUUGGUGUAUAUGGCAUAUUGUUAAGAAGUUUCCUGAGAAACUAGGAAAGUGUGACAAGUACAAAUAUUUCAAGAGUCCUUUGAAGGCCAUAAUAUAUGAGAGUUUUUACUGUGGGAGAGUUUGAAAGAAGGUAGUUGGAUUGCAUUAAAAAAUAUAAGUUGGGAGGAGAAUGAGUGAUUGGAGGGUUUGUUUGAGGAGAGACAUGUGUGGAUCCCUGCAUUUAUGCGCGAGUAUUUUUGGGCGGGGAUGAAAACCACGCAGCGAGUGGACAGCAUAAACAGUUUCUUCAAUGGGUUCGUUAAUCGGAAAACCAAAUUGUGUGAAUUCCCCCGUACGUUACACCAGAGCAAAUGAUAAAGAGGGUUAAAGAUGAGAAUGAAGCUGAUGCGAAGGCUACCAAAUACAUCAGACGCCUUGUGAGUGGAUUCAAACAUGAAAAAUUGUUUCAAAAGCUAUACACCGAUGCUAAGUUCCAGGAAAUUCAAAGAGAACUUUCCCGGAUGAUGUACUGUUAUGAUGGGGAGGUAAGUGUUAGCGAUGAGAGCACGAUUCGGUAUGUGAUUGAUGAUAGGGUGUGGAUUGUACCGGAAGGUGAAAGUGAGGAGGUAAUCACAGAUCAACGUUGCAAGUACUCCAUCUUGUUUAAUCCAGUGACAAAGGAGGUUACAUGUGAUUGUAAAAAGUUUGAAACUCAUGGCAUCCUAUGCAAGCACUACAUUCGCGUCUUGGAUAAGAAUAUGGUGGUUGAGAUUCCUGACAAAUACAUUCUUGAUAGGUGGCGUAAAGAUAUUGUUAGGAAGCACACUAGAGUGAGGGUUGCGUACCAUGAUCCCAUGCAAACCCCUGAGGUUAUAAAGUUCAACAAAAUGAUGAAUGUAUUUGAGCCAGUUUGUGACGAUGCUGCAGCUGCUGAUGAUGACACACUUGACAUAGUCAUCAAAGCCUUAUCUAAAUAUAUCACCAUCCAUAGCUGUAAUUUAUGCCAAUCGGGCCACUAAACAAUCAUUGUAUUUAACGACAUACAGGUCCACUGGGUGUUUGCAGCAACUAAUUCCCCACUUACCACAACACAUAUCCAAAAUUAACAAAACAA